GGAAAACAUUACAAGAUGGCGGAAUCUAUAAACAGCAACGAUGUGAGGCAGGCAAUAGAUUUAAAUGCAGAUACCCCUAAAUUAUCUGAGUUGUUCGAUCGUGGUUGGAAAAUAUUUGAGGAGGUAGACAGUACAAACGAACCUCUUGGCUCAAACAGUAUCCAGGUCAGAGUUAAACGCGGUGUUAAUAUGUUAGAAGAAGCCUCCAGAAUGGUAGCUCAGCUCGACUUGUUCAGCCGUAAUGAAGAGCUAGAGGAGAUAGCCACGGCGGACCUGAAGUAUCUACUGCUGCCCUGUUUGUUAGGAGCUCUGAGCAUGAAGCAGACCACCCGGGACAAACGACUAGAGAUAGUCCAAACGGCCCGAGCUUACUUUAUGGAUUUUUUAAGGAGAUGUAAAGAGUACAACAUAUUACAGUUUGAACUGCCAAACUCGACGGGUGAACGCGCAAGUCCUGACGACGCAUCAGAAGAUGGAAACUCGAAAGCUAAUCCUUUCCCCUGCCCAACGAACCUGGUUGCUAUGGCAGCACAGAGACAAGCUAAAAUUGAGCGGUACCGUCAGAAGAAGGAGCUUGAGGCCAGAUUGUCUGAUGUUCGGAGAGCUGUGGAGAGUGGACAAGCAGAUGAUGAUGUCACCAGAGAUUUUUACCUUUUGAAUGUCCGAAGAUGGGUCACUGUGUGUUUGGAGGAAAUAGAGAGCAUUGACCAGGAGGUGGAGAUACUCAAAAAUAUGGAUGCUCUCAAGGAGAGUGCUGCCAAGCAGCCAACUCAGCUAUCCAGGCCACCCAUGAAACCCUUCAUUCUCACCAGGGAUGCUGUGCAGGCUCAGGUGUUCGGGGCUGGUUACCCCAGUCUUCCCACCAUGACGGUAGAUGACUGGUAUGAGCAGCACAAGAAACGUGGAGUCCUGCCUGACCAGGGUGUACCCAGGAAGGUCGCUGUGGAGGAGGAUCAGGAUGAAAAGGAUGAAGGAAAAGAGAAAGGGGAUGAAGACGACGAUGAGUCUCUGCUGAAAGCCAGAAACUGGGAUGACUGGAAAGAUACUCACCGUAGAGGUUAUGGAAAUCGCCAGAAUAUGGGCUAACUCAUGCCAUCACAGUGUGUCCAAACAGACUUUUUUUUUGUCUUAAUUUCUAUAUGAACCAAACCAAGAAAAACGCCACAGCAUCAUUAAACAUGUUGAUUGAUUAUUUUGGUUAGUAGUUAUAUAGGGAGACACUACUGCUGAUUAACUUAUGUUGCAACUGUUCUUUUCCUUGGAUUCAAUUCUAUGUAGUGCCAUGUUUUUGAGUUCAAAUAAAAAUGCACAAUUUGGCUGGAACCCA